UCGCGCAGAACGACAGGUAUUACGACCGCAGCGGCAACCUGCCCGUCGGCACGGUAGUCGACACAGGCGUCAUACACACAUUAGCGUACGACUUUUACAUUCAGGCGCACGCGGGUUUCAUGGACUCGGCACACCCGGUCCAAGUACAUUGUCCUGCGCGACGAAAACAGGCUCGGCCUAGACGAACUGCAAACGAUAGUCAACUCGAUGUGCUACGACUACCAACGUGCCACACGCGCCAUGUCGACCGCACCGGUGUGCUACUACUCGAACCUGCUCACGCAGAAGGUGCGCGCGCUCGUCUACGAGGAUGGAUUUAGCUUCGGCGCGAACACCAUCAGCGACGGAGACAGCGAGUGGGCGCAGAGGGACGUCGUGGACGUGAUGCCGUUGCUCAACCGAACGUCCUACUUUGCCCCCUCGCUUUGUUUCCUUAGAGCGCACGAGUAUGUGGACGCGAUGUCUCUGUCACCGAAAGCAAGCGGCCGAGCGACCAGGGAAGCAACCAACCAAAGCAACGGUGCAGAUAGACAAACAAAAAGGAAGAAAAGAACGACCGCGGCCCAGUCACUGGUCGAGUUACCUAAGACAUUCAAUUUCCUCCGUGGGGAUGAAAUCCGUGCGAACUACGGCGGCAGGCACAAGCGCAUGACCAUUCUCAUUCUUUGGGGCGCUCGUUUGCGCCAUGAUAUGCUCGAGCUAACUCAUCUCUGGCGGGGUCAGUGACAUCCACAUGCGAUCCGUCAUUCCUUCUUUAAAGUUCCCCUUCUCUCUGGCGCCAUCCUCGUGUCUUUUGCUCCCUGGCAGCCUACCCAAUCUAGGAGAGGCGGCGCUGUUCACUCCACACUGCUUAUAUGUUUCUCUUGGGCUUCAGAAAGUCACGCAUCACAAACCCAAACUCUCACCCCCCACCCCCCAAUUCGCUGUCGUCAGGUCUGGCAGCACA